ACAGUGGAUUAGGGCCGGAAAAAACAUAUGGUUUCAUCGUGAAAAGCAAAGGUUCCAAGGGGGUAGUGUUCCAAUCGCGCUCGCUGCCCCCACGCCCUCGGCUCGGCUCGGCUCGGCUCGGCUCGGCUCAAGAUUUGGAGCGUGCUCUCGGAACCCUCCACCAUCACUCUAACCAGAGAAUCUCGUCGAGAGGCUUUCCGUCUUCCUCGGACCCGGCGCUCGCGGCCAUGCGAAACCGGAACAAAGCUCCGAAGCCGGCUCCUCCCGAACCCGCCAAGCCCGGUUCCGGUCCUCAGGAGCAGGAUCGGAGUACCUUUGAAGGAGAAAGUCUUGGUCUUUUGCUCGAAUCGAUUCAAGGCAAGAUUAAGGCAGCUAGAAGUUUGGAUGGAGAGGCCUUGCCAGAGAAGAUAUGGCUCAAGCAACAAUUUGCGAUUGGGGUCAACGAAGUUACUCGCGUGCUCGAACGAAUGCCUCCAUCUAAUGAUGCGGAUGACUGUCCUCUGGAGGAGUCACUUAUGUCCAGCAACGAUAAUGCAUCCUAUCCCCGGCUUCAGGCUAUUCUAUUGGCAUCCGAUUGCAACCCCCGAUGGCUGACCAGACAUCUCCCAAGUCUAGCCUUGUCAAGGAAGGUGCCGCUGAUCCUUGUCAAAGAUAAGAAGCGGGGAUCUUUAAGGCUUGGAGAACUUGUCAACUUAAAAACUGCAAUUGCAAUCGGAAUAAAGGCUAAAGGGAAUGCUGUCAACCAUAUUAUCCAGAAAAUUCUAUGCAACAGCGACUUAAACUUUGAAAGGAAGAGCACGGGCCAGAGUCUGCUAAAUGGAGAAACGAAUGGGAAUGAACAGCCUGGUCGAGCAGGAUGAGAAAGAAACAAUUUUGCCUUUUCACAAGCUGGAAAAAAACGAAAUCUUGGAAUCAUUACUGGCCAUAUGCGAAGCUGGCUUCACAAGGCGUGUUGUUCAUUCCUGAUCCUGAUUUGAUGGAACACACAUCCUGUCCACGACAAGUAGAUACUCUCAAGCAGAUGUUUUGCAAGCCUUCUUGACUUUGCUUGAGAGCCAACAAUCGGAAUCCAUCAGUUUGGGGAGCAUAUGGAUGCGUUACAAAAAGAUUUUGAGAGAUGAAAUAUGUGAAUUUUGUCCCUGUUCUUAACUUGCACUGAUGUGGAACUCAUUACAAUUAAGUUAAAGGACGAAAGGUUUAUAAUAAGAAACUUGAUUUUGUGCUGCA